UAACUAACAACAUUCCGUCCGGCUCUAGAAUCUAGAUCUCUAGAUAUAUAGUAUAGAGAUAAUGAUAGGCUAAAUGUUAGAUCCAGAUGUAGUACUAGUAGAUGACAGAUCUAUAUACUUUAUUUAUAUAGAGUAGUACUAUCUGGAUAAAAAGAGUCUAGAGUAGAAGUUACUGAAAAAUAUUAGUGCAGCUGACAUUUGGACCAAGUACCCUUCCAUGAUGCCUGACACAAAGCUUGAUUUUUCUCUUGAACUGAACCAUGCCUUAAAACAUGUGAAGGAGGAAAAGGAAGAAAUAGAUUUAAUAACACAACCAUGUGAAGAACAAGACUUCAAAGUGCCGAUCAUAAAAACUGAGAAGAUAGAUGAAGAUGAAUCAGACUUGUAUACCCAGCAAUCAGAAAACUUUGCUGAAACUUGUAAUGUAAAACUUGAACAUCAGGUGGAUGUUAUUAAGAAAGAAAAGGAAGUGAUAUCAGAAAGAAAUGUGCUUACUGAUAACAUACAAGAUGAACUUAAUGAAAGCCUUUCAAAUGAAUCUGUUUUGAAAAUAAAGAUGAAAACCUCUUGUCAUAGUGCUAAGGAAAAACAUCAGUGUCCCAUAUGUCUCAAAGAUUUUGCUAAACAUUCCAAUUUAAACAAACACCAGCGUAUUCAUACUGGUGAAAAACCAUUUGUAUGUGAAAUAUGUCAAAAAGGAUUUACUGAGUAUUCAUCUUUAAAAAAUCACCAGCGUAUUCAUACUGGUGAAAAACCCUUUAUAUGUCAGAUAUGUCAAAAAGGUUUUAGUGUAUCUUCACACUUAAAAAGACACAGUCUGAUUCAUACUGGUGAAAAACCAUUUAAUUGUGAAAUAUGUCAAAAAAGUUUUAAUCAAUCUUCAUCUUUAAAGAAUCACCAACAUAUUCAUACUGGUGAAAAACCAUUUAAAUGUGAAAUGUGUCUAAAAGGAUUUAGUGAAUCUUCACACUUAAAAAGACACAGUCUGAUUCAUACUGGUGAAAAAACAUUUAAAUGUCAAAUAUGUCAGAAAGAUUUUACUGAAUCAUCAUCUUUAAAAAGUCACCUACGUAUUCACACUGGUGAAAAACCAUUUAAAUGUGAAAUAUGUCAGAAAAGAUUUACUCAAUCUUCACAAUUAAAAAGACACAGUCUGAUUCAUGCUGGUGAAAAACCAUUUAAAUGUCGAAUAUGUCAGGAAUGGUUUACUGAAUUAUCAUCUUUAAAAAACCACCUACGCAUUCAUAAUGGGGAAAAAGUAUUUCAAUGUGAAGUUUGUUUAAAAGGAUUUAAUUUAUCUUCAAAUUUAAAAAAACACAGCUGGAUUCAUACACAUAUAUUUUGAAUACUGUAUGUCAAAAAGAUCAACUGCAGCUUCAUCUUUAAAAAGACACCACCUAAUUAAUUCAUACUUUUGAAAAACCAUUCAAAUGUAGAAAAUGUAUAAAAGAUUUGUCUAUUUACCAUAUUUGAAACAGCAUAUAAUUUCAUAUCAGACCAAAAAUAACUUAAAAUGUUUGUAUUAUGCAAUUUUCUUCUUUUUUUUGUCCUUGAAAAUCAUCAGCUGAUUUACUGAGGAAAAAAGUUUUUGAAAAAAUUUCACCGUCUGGUUUAAACUGUAAAAAAAAGGCAAGAGUAAACAUUUUCAUAACCUUCAACUUCUCUGUUUAUAUUGGGUACUUGAAGCACUUGAUUGGAUCAAACUGGUAAAAAGCAACAUUAAAGGAGAAUUAAUUACAACUCUGUAGCUGAAGAUUUGGGCAGCUACUAAGUUUAAACCACUGGAUAAUGUUUAAAUCAUGGGACAAUGUUAAUAUUUUGUUUAUAGUCUAAUUUGAAAUAUAUUCAAAAUGCUAUAUUAUACCUGGUACUGAGUGAAUAAUGAAGACCUGGUCAUCAAAUCUGACUUUUACUGAUCUAUUGAAUAGCUAGUGUUCCACAAAAUUUAAGAAACUUGUGUCAAUAUGCAAAGCUUUGUACAGCUUGAUUCUGUCUCAUCAAGAGCAGGAUAAAAUUAGGAUGUUUUUAACACCAGCAUAUUUGACAUUAAAUUUUGUUUUUCUUGUAGUGACUUAUAAUUCUUUGAAUGGAUUUCUAAAUCCACUGUAAUUGAAAGGUUUUUUUUAGCUUAUCAAAUAUAUGUUAGUGUCAUAUAUGGUGUCUGUAUCACCAGAGUUGAAGUUUUAAAACUGCACACCACAGAAAUACAUGAGAUGUAUUGACAGUUAAACUUCUACAGGGGUGCAUGAAUUUACCCUUCUUAAGCUAAAAUAGUGAAUUAACCUUCUUAGGCUGAACUAUUGAAUUUACCAUCUUAGGUUUAACUCUUGAAUUUACCUUCUUAGGUUCAACAAUUGAAUUUACUUUCUUAGGUUUAACAAUUGAAUUUACCUUCUUAGGUUCAACAAUUGAAUUUACCUUCUUAGGAUCAACUAUUGAAUUUACCUUCUUAGGUUUGACUAAAGCUACCCAAAUUUUAGUCUACAACGCCUGUUGUUUUUAUUUUAUAAGCUUCGGACUUGUCAUACAUUUAGAAAAACAAUCACAGGAUUGAAGGAUGACUGGCUGGACUGGAUCGUUCUUGAGAUGACAUUCUGAAGUGCAUGACACACAAUCAGUCAACUAUUAAAGUUGUGGCUAGACUCAAGUCUACUUGUAAGCACUUAAAGAAAAAGCUGGAAAAUAAUAUCUUUAAAUUAUGUUUGAUGUAAUCUAUUUAGUGUGAAUUCAAUACCCUCAAGAAUUAGUAGCCUAUUAUUCGUAUGAGCUAGAAUUAAUGAAUGAAUAGAUUGUUGCUUUCAAGUUAACCUGGAAGUCUUUCUGCGAACUUGCUUAAUACAUCUCUGAUGGCAAUGAUAGUUUUUGAUAAUACUCUACAUGCACCAAGAACAUCGAUUGAACAUCUCUCGUGUGAUAUCUGUGUCUCACGAACUCUAAUUUGGAAGUUUUACGCCAUUUCUCAUUGAGCACAUUGAAAACUAUAUUGACUAUAUAUUGGACUUUUAAACAAAUCUUCUAUUCAGACAUGACCAUGUGUCUCACGAACUCUAAUUUGGAAGUUUUACACCAUUUGUUAUUAAGCACAUUGAAAACUAUAUUGACUAUAUAUUGGACUUUUAAACAAAUCUUCUAUUCAGACAUGACCAAAAGAGACGUCAAACUUACUCUACAAAGAUGUCUGUUAUCAAGACUUAAGCAACAAAGAUAUCAAACAUUGGGGAAAAAUUGAUCAGCAUCAAGAACCAUGAACUGAUGAACAGUUUAGGCCAAAAUAAAUUAUACCUUAAAUCAGGUGGAACAAUGAAGUCAUUUGUCCCAAAAAUUAGACAAAACUAAAUGUCUUAUAAAUGUUAUGGCUAUUUUCUUUUCAUGACUUGUUUUUGAGUUGGACACAACUUGUUAAACUUAUAAUUGGUUAGAAAUUUAGAAUUACUUUACUUAUUCAAUAAAUUUGAAGACUUAGAAAAUAAUUAAGUUUCGUUGUAUUUUAAAAAAUGUUAAGUACCUGUACCGGUAUGCUGGUUAUUAUUUUUAAAUCAAUUUCUAAAACUUUUAAAUUAAAUCUCAUCUUCAUUAAG